AUGUGGGCCGGCGGCGUUUCCAAAUCCACGAAAUGGCUCCCGCCGCCCCCCAAGAGUGGGAUCUUCGUCGGCCUCAACAAGGGCCACAUCGUCACCAAGCGUGAAUUGCCUCCUCGCCCAUCUGACCGCAAGGGGAAAACUAGUAAGAGGGUGCACUUUGUGAGGAAUUUGAUCAGGGAAGUUGCGGGGUUUGCUCCCUAUGAGAAGAGGAUUACCGAGCUUUUGAAGGUCGGGAAGGACAAGCGUGCUCUUAAGGUGGCCAAGCGAAAGUUGGGUACCCACAAGAGGGCCAAGAAGAAGAGAGAGGAGAUGUCCAACGUUCUCCGCAAGAUGAGGUCUGGUGGUGAUAAGAAGUGAGCACUUGAAGGGUUGUCUUUAUGAAUGUAGUUCAGUAUCUCUAUUAGUUUUGGACAUGCAUUUUAUUAAGGGAUUUUUAGACAUGGUAUGAACUUUGUAAUUUUGAAUGUUUUGAGACUUUCGAUAUUUUCUAAGCAUCGGAUAUUUGCCCUUCAGUUCUCAAGGUAUGUCUUUCAAGUUUGUGAUUGACUUAGAUUUACUAAA